AUGCUCCCUCAUCCUCCUGUGCCUACGACCAUGGGUUUCCAACAAGCACAACGCCAAGACCCACCAGCCAUCCUCGACCGUCUCGCAUUCCUACCGCUCGAACUCCAAAAGCACAUCCUCUACGACUACCUCACGGUAAGUAGCAGCCCCUGCAUCUUAUCCCUCUUUGUUCCAGACUGGGCCGUCUGCGCCCGCGCCGCGGACCCCGUCAACGAGAUUUACGACCUUCAGCGGAUCGACGUCUACACCAAGAGCGCGAGCGUGUCCGGCGGCGGCGGCGGCAGCGUUCGAGGGAAGUACGAGUCCGGGGUCCGGCACGGUUAUGGGGAUCACGCUUCCUUUCCGUUGAUGAGGCAGGUAAACGGUUCACACGACCAGCAGCACGGUACACUGCUGCUGGAAAAAGAGCUUGGCAGGAGGUUCCCGGCCGCGAUGAACUGGGCUCUGCGCGACCUCGGACGGAACGGGCUAAGAGUCUUUGAGCAGGUUUGGCCGAGGGGGCACGACGAUGGGGUAGGUAGGUGCAUGGCUUCCGGGGCGCUCGUCUUUCGUGAAGCUGGUCGUGGUCACGGGCGGGAUGCAGACUAUUCUCGUGCUACGGGAGCAGCAGCCCCGGCCUCGGCAAAGUCGGAUACGUCGUCGUUGUCGUUGCCCCGUCACCUGAUGUUCAACAGCGUCCCCUCCGAUCCCUGGCUCCAGCUCCGGCUGCGCCGCAAUGCCGUGACCGACUUCCGAUGCGAGAUGGCCUUUGUCAUCGAACGGGGACUUCCUGAUGGGGAGUUUAUUGCGGUGGACUGGACUGCCAUGACGCGGCUCGAGACGCUCUUUUUAGAUUUGCGGACGUAUGCGAGCGGUAGUGGUGGCGGGUUCCUCCAAGACGCGAUCCGGCGUGCCGCGGUGAAGAUGGGGUGUCUUCGGCUUCGGUGUCUUGUCAUCGCGGGGUUGAGGACGGGGGAGAGGUACGGUAGGUCACAAGUGUGUGAGUGGGAGACGGACGAGCAGGAUGAGGUCGACGGGGAGGUGAAUUGGGUCAAGGUCUUCGCGCCGGCGUUGGGGGAGGGCGGGAGGCUGGUGUUUAUUGACCGGAGAGUUGUGGAUGUUGAUUGGGAUGCGUGGAGGGUUCGGGCCGAGGGGGAAGGCUUGUUGGCUCGUCAGGGGAGGGAGGGUGAAGAUGGGAGUUGUGAUACUGGGGCUUAUUUGAAGCAUUUGGACAGAGUGAUGGGUGGCCGGUGA